AUGGCUUGCUGCGUCGCCCGCUGCUGCAGUGUCCCCUCCGGCCCCGCCACCACCAUCUGCUCCUCAGACAAGUCCUGCCGCUGCGGGGUCUGCCUGCCCAGCACCUGCCCACAUGAGAUCAGCCUCCUGCAGCCCACCUGCUGCGACCCCUGCCCCCCACCCUGCUGCCAGCCUGAGGUCUAUGUGCCCACCUGCUGGCUGCUCAACACUUCCCACCCCACUCCUGGCAUCAGCGGCAUCAACGUGACCACCUACGUUCAGCCUGGCUGCCAGAACCCCUGCGAGCCCUGCUGCUGA